AAUUGCAAUUUUAUUUAAAACCAUAUUGCUGAAUUUUCUUAAUUUAACGGGAUUAAAGAUUAUUUUUUUAAAUAUAAUUAUCAGAAAACGAUUGAACUCGUUAUGAGUAUUCUUUUUAAGCUUUGCAUAAGUUUUUGGAUUUUGAUUAUCUAUAGCAAAAAAAUAUUUACUAAUAGAGCACAUUCCCUUGAUUCCAAAGACACUGCUCACCCAAAUCCACCUUUGAUAUUCUCUGGAGGAUUCAUUACUUGGAAGUCCUUAAGCGAUUUCCCCAGAAAAAUAGAAUUUUCAUUCAGUUAUUCCAUCGUUGGGCAAAAUUCUAAAUACGAUAAAAUCUGCCAUCAAAAUCCAUCCAGAAACAAAGAAGGAAUAUGGUUAGAAUGCUUAAAAGGUUGUACUGGAAUCAUAGGGAACUUGAUGGAAGACAGUUGCCCCGUUACUAAUGGAACUUUUGUGAGCAAGUGGAAAGUUAAAUCAAUAACUUAUCAGUUUAAAAACGAUACUGAUCGAUUUGAUUUAAAAAUAAAAGGCUGCUGCUGGCGUAUUUUGGCUAAUCAUAAAACGAAUCUACCAAUAAAUUUUAAAAUAUCAGGAUCCUUCGACGAAUUAAAAGAUUUAAAUAACAUAAAACCAAUGAUUUCCACUCCAUUGAUCGAUAUUUCACCAUUGAUAUUAUUUGCUAUAGAAUGCUCUCAGUCUUAUAUAAUACCAGUUAUUGAUUUUGGCAAUAAUUUAGUAGCCUGCUCUAUUGCAUCAAAUCCUCUAAAUCUACAAGGAAUAUCAAUAAUUAAGGAAGAUUGCCUAUUGUUUUAUGCAACAUCUGAUAAUAAAGAAGGAUAUUACCCUAUUAUAAUUGAAGUUAAUAACUUUCAUUCUAACAUUGACAGCGAGGAUCUUAUCACAUCCACUGAAAUUCAGGUCCUUGUAAAAAUGUAUUCUAUAAGAACAUUAACCAAAGGCCUAUCAGCCUACGUUGAUGCUAUCCCAGAAAAUAGUUUAUGUUUUUCUUAUAAACCUCAAAUAAUAAGCCCAAACAAUCAUACUUGUAUCUCAAUAAUUCCAGGUCAAUCAACUAAAUUUAACGUUUCGAUUCUGAUGAAAAAUAGCACAUUUUAUAAAAGCAAGGUUGAAAAAUUAGAUAUAAAUUGGAUGCCAACGGAUUUAAUAGAAUUUAGCAGUCUAAAACAUUACAAAGAUGAUAUAUGGACUCAAAACUUUUUUUGGAAACCAAGGAAAAAAUUAAAGGAGCAUAUAACUAUAACUAUCGUAGCCAUUAGUACAACGGGAUUAAGAAGUGAUCCAAUAUUCGUAACAUUAGCGACUGAAGUUAGCAUAGAUGAUUGUUAUAUUGAAGAAAGACAAGAAUUUAUAAAAUGGAAGGUGGGAUGAAACUGAUUAAAUUAUAUUUUAUUAAUUACUAUAUUAGAGAGAAUUAAUCUGAAUAUUCAUUGUAAAAUCAUGGUAGCUUUAAAAAAUAUAUCAAAUAUAAAUAUAUCAAAGAGAAAUGUAAUAAAA